UUCUGGUAUCAGCUUACAAUUCUUCCAAUCUCUCUCUCUUUUUAAAACUUCUUCCUUUUCAGAAGGCGAUUGUAGAGAAUACUGCAAAGAGCAGCUACAACAAGAGAGAGAUGGUGAAGGAGCUCAACAAGCUUUCAAUCCCGCAGAAAGAAAACGAUGUCUGAGAGCUUUGUAUCCUUUUCAACCCUGCAUCUCUGAGGAUCUGGUGGUGGCAGCAGUGGUAUAGAAGAAAGAGAUGAAGAAGACGGCACCGACAUGGGCGUAGCAGCACCGACUCAGCCUCUGUUCUCUAACCCAUAUCAUCCAAACCCAAUUGCCAAAACCGGGGGCCCAGGCCCACCUAAUUCCAUCACUUCUAUGUCCCAAGGCUUCCAUCAAGGCAUCUUCAGCUUCUCCGAUGGAUUCGAAAGAUCAGCGCACCAAGAUCAGCAGCAGCAACACAUCGCGCAACAGAACCGACGGGAUAAACUGAGGGUGCAAGGAUUCGAGUUGGCUCCACCGCCGUUGGUAGCGAUCGAAGAGGAAGAACCCACUGAAUUGCCCGUCUAUGAAACAGGCGGCAUGUUGUCGGAGAUGUUCAAUUUCCCAUCGGGCGGUGCAGCCACUGCUGCAGAUCUUCUUGACAAUCAGAUCACAUCAAAUUACCGUCUCCAGCGGGCCACACCGAUCGGCGAGUGGUAUGGUAGUAGGCAAGGGAUGGUGGGGAGCUUGGGCUCGCUGGGAGAUUCAAAAGAGAGACAGCAGAUAGGUGGUAGCAAUGGUGGAAAUGGCCGCAGCAACGAUAACAACAACAUAGGCCAGCACCAGAUUACAGGCAUAAAUGCAGAAUCAGCUGCAGCCAUGCAUCUUUUCCUCAUGAAUCCACAGCCAAGAUCACCACCUUCUCCUCCCCCAACUUCAUCCUCUACACCCAUCCACAUGCUGCUACCUAACCCAUCUCCUGCUCUCCAAGCCUUCCACACAGCUGGGCCUGCCGGAGCAGCGUUUGGCAACGCUUCGAUCCCUCAGUCCAAUUUCACAUGGAUCACUGGUAGCGGUGGCAGUGGUGAUGGUAGCAAGAUUGGAGGAGUUGGGGAGAGCCAAGGGCUAUCAUUGUCGCUCUCUUCGUCUCUGCAACAAUUUGAAGUGGCGGCCAAGGCCGAGGAACUAAGGAUGGGAGAUGGGGUUUUCUACUACAAUCAAGUUGGUGGGCCUUCCCCUUCCUCUUCAUCAUACCCGUUGAAGAAUUUGGGAAGCCAACAGCAUCAUCAUCAUCAUCAACAUCAACAGCCUCUUCAAAAUCAUCAUCAGCAACAAGUCCAUUCGGGGUUUGGGCCAAUGGGUGUGGUGAAUGUGUUGAGGAAUUCGAAGUAUGUGAAGGCAGCCCAAGAGCUACUGGAGGAGUUUUGCAGUGUUGGGAGGGGUCAGCUGAAGAGCUCAAGAUAUGGAAGGAACACAUCCAGCACAAACCCUAACCCUAGUGCUUCAACUGGCCCUCAUUCUAGUGCUAGUGCUGUUGGUGGGCCAUCUUCUUCUUCAAAGGAUCUCCCUCCUUUAUCACCAACUGAUAGGUUUGAACAUCAGAGAAGAAAGGCCAAGCUCCUAUCCAUGCUUGAUGAGGUGGAUCGAAGAUACAACCAUUACUGUGAGCAAAUGCAAAUGGUGGUGAAUUCAUUCGAUUCAGUAAUGGGUUUUGGAGCAGCAACCCCAUACACCUCCCUCGCACAAAAGGCCAUGUCGCGGCACUUUCGGUGCUUGAAGGAUGCGAUCACUGCACAAUUGAAGCACACUUGCGAGCUGCUUGGGGAUAAGGAUCCAAGCGGGACUUCGGGGGUCACUAAGGGAGAGACACCGAGGCUUCGGUUGCUGGAACAAAGCCUAAGGCAACAAAGGGCCUUCCACCAGAUUGGAAUGAUGGAGCAAGAAGCUUGGAGACCUCAGAGAGGCUUGCCGGAGCGUUCUGUGAAUAUCUUGAGAGCAUGGCUGUUUGAGCAUUUCCUUCACCCGUACCCAAGUGAUGCAGAUAAGCAUUUGUUGGCACGACAGACUGGUCUAUCAAGAAAUCAGGUAUCGAACUGGUUCAUAAAUGCCAGGGUGAGGUUGUGGAAACCCAUGGUGGAAGAGAUGUACCAGCAAGAGAGCCGAGAAGACGAAAAUGAAGAGAGAGAAACUACAAAUGAAGAGGAUCGUAAUAACAGCAACGUCCAAACAGCACAAACACCAACGCCAGGAGCAGGAGUAGCAGGGACAGGAACAGGAGGCCCAGGCAAAAGAUCCGAAAUCAAUGCCAACGACAAGGACCCUUCACACCUUACAAUCAAUAGGCACCGAUUCAUCUCGGAAAACCAAGUUACUGACGUGGGCAACAUCCUCGACGCUAAUGAGGUGGGCCAGAUGACGACCUCGGUGGGCCAUACCCACCCUUCUGACACAUGUGGGGUCAUGGAUGACACGUGCAGGAGGAGUGUGGUGGGGGAGUUUGGGACCACUGGGGGAAAUGGCUCGCCUGUUGGGUCCAGCCCACUUGUACGUUUUGGGACCACGGGGGAUGUGUCGCUUACGUUGGGACUUAGGCACGCUGGCAAUAUGCCCGAAAAGACCCGAUUUUCGGUUAGAGAUUUUAGUGGGUGUUAAUAAAAAGAAAAAAAGAAAGAAAAAAAAAAAA